UGUCAGCUCAGUCAUGUGAUCAGCUGUGUCCAAUCACAGCUGAUCACUGAUCAUCAGGGCACUGAUGAUCAGUGUAGCCCUAGCAGUGCCAGCUGUCAGUGUCCAUCAAUGCCACAUAUCAGUGCCCAUCUGAGCUGCCUGUCAGUGUCACCCAUCAGUGCCAGUCAGUGCCACCUAUCAAUGCCAAUUAGUACCAGUCAGUGCCGCCUAUCAGUGCCAUAUAUCAGUGCUGCCUUUCAGUGCUGCCUGUCAAUGCCCAUCAGUAAUGCCCAUCAGUGCCACCUAUCAGUGCUGCCAAUCAGUGCCGCCUAUCAG